GUAUCGCCCGGCUGGCGGCUGCGGCGCCGACAUGCGCCCGCUGCUCGGCCUCCUCCUGGUCUUCGCCGCCUGCACCUUCGCCCUGUACUUGCUGUCGACGCGGCUGCCGCGCGCGCCGAGCCGGGGCUCCGCGGAGGAGGCGGAAGGCAGGUCGCUGUGGUUCCCGUCUGACCUGGCUGAGCUGCGGGAGCUCUCUGAGGUUCUUCGCGAGUACCGGAAGGAACACCAGGCCUACGUGUUCCUGCUCUUCUGCAGCGCCUACCUCUAUAAGCAGGCCUUUGCCAUCCCUGGCUCCAGCUUCCUGAAUGUGUUAGCUGGUGCCUUGUUUGGACCAUGGCUGGGCCUCUUGCUGUGCUGUGUGUUGACCUCCGUGGGCGCCACGUGCUGCUACCUGCUCUCCAGCAUUUUUGGCAAACAGCUGGUGGUCUCCUACUUCCCUGAUAAAGUGGCCCUGCUGCAGAGGAAGGUAGAAGAGAACCGAAACAGCUUGUUUUUCUUCUUGCUGUUUUUGAGACUUUUCCCCAUGACGCCAAACUGGUUCUUGAACCUCUCGGCCCCAAUUCUGAACAUCCCCAUUGUGCAGUUCUUCCUGUCGGUUCUUAUGGGUUUGAUCCCAUACAAUUUCAUCUGUGUGCAGACAGGCUCUAUCCUGUCAACCUUAACCUCCCUGGAUGCGCUCUUCUCCUGGGAAACAGUCUUUAAGCUGCUGGCCAUUGCCUUGGUAGCCUUGGUUCCCGGAACCCUCAUCAAAAGAUAUAGCCAGAAACACCUGCAAUUGAAUGAAGCAAGCAGUGCUAAUCAUAUAAAUAAUAGAAAAGUCACAUGAUUGGGGUUUUCUGCCUUCCUUGUACUUGGACUCUAAGGCUUGUUUGUAGAAUGGGUGCACUUGUCUACAGCCCCUCAUUGUUCCAUCAGUCAUCUUCCACGGGUAGUUUGAACACUGUUCAUCUGUGUGCAGUGACUCAUCAUGGCAGUCUGUGCCCUGGAUGAUGGAUUGUAUCAGGUUCUGGAAACAGCCCUGGGUUAGCAGGACACUGCAAAAUGGAUAGCCUCCUAGAAAUUCCAUUUCUGUGGGGGUUUUGGCCAGCUAGGAACCCACAAGUGUUUCCUGCCUACCUUUGAGCUGCCUUGGGAGAAACUUCUGAUUGUCCAGGCUGCCUGUUUUGCCAAGUGACAGGCAGCAGUGACAGCUUCUGUUAAGCCCCAUGGAUGCUGUUGCCUUCAGUAAUGACACAUGGUUCACAUCACUGACAGUGCUCAACAUCUUGUGUUAGUCUCUGACAGAAUGUUUCUUUUGUCCUUUUUUGUUGAUGAUCUACCUCUUCCAUAAGCCAAGAAAAACAAGCUGAGGAGCUGCCUAGGGCUUCCCACGCAAGUGCACAAUGAUUGCCCUGAUGCUCCUGUGUUCAGAAGCACUGAUAUCACUGUGUAUGUCAGAUCUUAUGGUUGCAUGCUCUGAUAAUUAAGCAGAAUACCAACAGACUAUUAAAUAUGAAUGGAACAAACGCCAUGUCUGUGCGUGUGUUCUGGAGAAAUUCUUACCCGUCUGGGCAUAGCCCUUGAGUCACCUGAAUAUGUUCAUUAUUUAAUCUGUUUGUUCUGCAUGAGACUGCCUUCUGUGUCCUGUCAAGGAGAAUGGAUUCAGUACCUUAGGCUAUCAGGCAGUGAGGUCCUGGGAAUGUUUUUCAUUAUGCGAUUUCCUAGAAAUAAUUUAGGAUUAAUUUGUAUUUGUAUUCUACCUUACAACGCAAGGAGGAAAACUGGAUUCAUUACUUUGCUGUUAUCUUGAUUAUUGUUUGUUGUGGUUGCAGUAUGGAAUUGGGCACAGACCUGGGUUGUUCCAAAGGGUACAUGGUCCCUGGCACCCACCCUGACCAGCUCUUCUGGUCCGGUCCUCUACAGAAGCUCAGGAUUUCCAGGUCUAUUGCUCUUGGGCAUCAUCUGCAGGGUGUUUGAUUUCAAAUCCUGCUGUGGCUUUGAUCUGGGCCUCUAAUUCUACAUAAAUCUUCCACAGGAAAAAUGGGCUCCUAACCAGUCCUAUGGUUUCUUUCAAAGAAACUUUGAUUAUAAGCAUGAGGGUGGGAAGGGAGCCCAGUGGGCUUUGGAAUCUGUGGGUCUCAGUGUUCUGGAGGUGGGGAGGAAAAGCAAGGGAAUCUUCCACACUGUAAAAUUUGUGUCCUUUGCCCCUUUUUCAGAUCCGUAGAUGUGUCUCUUUCUCUUCCUCUAUAACUUUACAACAAUGUGCCUCAUUGGCUGUGAGUUUCCAGGCAAAGCAGGGGCCCAAAUACAUGGAAAUGAGUGUUCUGUAAAUAAAUGACUAUCAGUGCUUGUUUGUACAUAAUUACCUUUGAGUUGCUCUUGCCAGUGGGGAUCUGGAUUGCUUAAAAAAAAUCACAACCCAAAAGAGGUCUGCAAGUAGAUGUCCAGUACUUACUCAUUCCUGUUCAGUAUGUCCUUAAUUGCAGAAGGAUGGAUUUGCCGACACUCAAGUUUUCAAGUAUCUGAGCUUCAAGAAGACCACACCAAAUCACCUCUCAACAGAGCUAGCUUCCUGUUUCUAAGCAGGAGCACCUCACAGGCAUGCAGUCAACUCUGAACCUUAGAGGUCCCCUGUGGUUGCAAAGUGGAUGCGGGGCUUCUCAGCCCAGCCCCUUCUUGCCCUCCACCCCCACUCUAAGCAGUUUUGAAAGGAAUUGUUAUUCAGAGGAUAUGAACAGGAAACAGAUGGAAAUCAGUAUAAAAUGCUCAUCUGCAACUCAAAUUAAAA